CGCGGCGAUGGCGGCGGCCGGGGAGGAGGCGGCGGACUGGGCGCUGCUGCCGGAGCUGGAGGUUCUGGAGUCCAUCUACCUGGAGGAGCUGCGGGUGGCGCGGGGCCGCGGCAGGUGGGAGCCCUGGGAGGUCAGCAUCACCCUGCACCCCGCCACGGCCGAGGACCAGGACUCCCAGUACGUCCGCUUCACCCUGGUGCUCUCCGUGCCCCCGCAGUAUCCUAAUAAAACUCCGGAGAUCUCCAUCAGGAACCCGCGGGGCCUGUCAGAUGAGCAAAUUCAAAAGAUAUCCCAGACCCUCAGAAGUGUUGCUGAAGCCAGGCUGGGGACAGAGGUGCUCUAUGAACUGAUUGAGAAGGGGAAGGAGAUUCUCACUGACAACAACAUUCCUCAUGGACAGUGUGUGAUCUGCCUUUAUGGAUUCCAGGAGAGAGAAGCCUUCACAAAGACCCAGUGCUACCACUAUUUCCACUCCCACUGUUUGGCCCGCUAUGCCCAGCACAUGGAGGAGGAGAUCCUCAUGCAGCAGGAGGAGAGAGAUCAACACCUUUCACCAUCCCCCAAACAGGAAGUUGGUGUGCAGUGCCCUGUCUGCCGGGAGACCCUGGUCUAUGAUCUCUCUGCUCUGAAGGCAGCACCACCCCCACAGCACCCUAUGGAGCCGUACAGGCCAGAUGCCAAGAUGCUGCAGCACCAGGAAGAACUGCGCCUAAUUUUCAAGAGACAACAAGAAAAGGGGGGUAUCAUCGACCCCGAAGCAGAGAGGAACCGCUUUUUCAUCAGCCUCCAGGCGGUGGCCUCUUUCUUUCAGCCUCCAGCUGUUGCGGAUCCAGGCCAAGCAGCUGCUGCCUCUCAGCUGCCGGUAAGUGCAGAUGCUGCAGACAGGCCCCAGCCACCCGGCCAAGCCUCGAUUCCAGAGCCAGCUGGGGCAUCGGAGGCCAGGGCAGAACCUGGGCGGCCUGAGAGGCCUGCUGUGCCCAGGGAGCAACCGAGCAAGAGGGAGAAGCACAGAGGGGAGAGGCAAGGCCCCAGAGGCCAGGGCAGGCAGCCAUGCAGUGGCUUGCAGGAACCGGGAGAAGAAGCCUGUCAUCCACUCCAUGGCUCCAGGGGGCCCAGAGGCUUCAGCCAGAGACCAGAGCGGAGACCUGCUGGAAGGCACAGUCAGGAGUUUCCAAAGCCUCACAGUAGAAGCAGGGCUGCUCCCUUGGCUGAAAGAAAGGAUUUGUGCCCUGAAGAUCCCUCACCAGUAAUGGAGGCUGUGGACUUGAAAGAGGAGCACCGUGAUGUGGAGAGAUGGAGUGCAGAGAAGGGGGCUGAGGCCCGGGGCAAGAAAAAGGAGAACCUGACAUUCAACCACAGUGACCACAGAGCAGCUCCCAGCUGGCAGGGUCACCACAGGCCCUGGGAUUGUGGGAGGUGGGAAAGAUCCAGAGUUCAGGAGCAUGGUUCCUACCCCAGAGCACCAAGAGGGCGAGGGGUGUUCAGGCCCAGUGGACAUCGAGAAGCCCAUCUUGAGAAGGAGAGUGGCUCCUAGCAGGAAUGAUGAGGGGCUGGGCUGUGGGAAGGAAGGGCUAUUUCUGGGGAGAACAGUGAAGGCUCUGGUGAAACAGUAGCAAGCAGACACCAUAUCCCUUGGAAGGGAGGAGGCAGAUGGCACAUGGGACGUACCUAGGCAGUGUCACCAGGGAUGAGGAGAGUGAAGCAUCCUGGCAUGAGCAGCUGGCUCUCACCAGCAUUGGAGAAGCAGAAUCUUGACAGAUCAUAUCAGCCUUGAUCUCAGAGGAUCUAGCGGACAGAGGUAGCCUUAAAUGGAGACCUGCAGCCAUCAUCCCUAUAUGUGAGCUGCCAAGAAACGUGCACACCUACAGAGCAAGUGGACUGAGCAUGGUGCCAUGGCAGAGACAGAGGUGCGGCAAGAUCUUCCCUGGAAGCCUGUGUCCCCGUGGAGCCAUGGUGGUGCCAAGUGAUGAGGCUGUGCCAGGGCAGCAGCCUGGACCUCAGCUCAGCUUACUCUGUCCUCCUUUCCUUCUCAGAGCACCUUCUCAGCUGUUGUCCCUGUCCCUUGGAGACAACAUGGCUUCUCCUGCAGCCCUGGCUGAUGUUCAGCUGAUGGGCUUGGCCAGGAAAGUCCUUUGUAUGCAGGACACUUCCCAGUCCCAGCCAGGAGAUCCAAGUUAAGCUUAAGUUAACACAUUGGCAGGUCAGGGCUGUCUGGUGGCUGCAGCUUCAGCUUGUCUCCCACUUCCCCAGGAAGCCUGUCUCUCAAAGCACUCUGCUUUGCAAUGUAUAUCUGUUGGAAUCCCCCUCUAAGGCCAGGCUGUCUUGGCACUUCCAACAACCUGAAGACAUGCCCCAGUACUUUAGAUACUGCUACCCUCCUUUCAUCUUCGAGCUGUUCUUAUUUCAAAAUGAGGAUUUUUGCUGUUUAAACUAACUUGGUGCAGUUUCAUCUGCUGCUGCUUCACAGAUUUAAAUGGUGUCUCACUCCAGAGCCGUGAAGGGCAAUCCCAAGUCUCUGAAGUGGGAUGCUAUUAAAUUAAUUCAUUGGGUCUUCUCCAGAGCCUACUCCCUUUGUUUUCUCUGCCCUCUUGCUCCUGUUCAUUGCUGUUUGGAGCAAAGGUGUUGAUCCCUGGUAUUUUUCACUCCCCUCCCUGCUCCCUACAACCAGGGCCAGGGCAGAGACCUUCUGUGGCACUUCUGUAUGGCAGGAGGGCUCCCUGCUUUGCCUGGCUCACUGUAAGAGCUCUGCCUCACCUGGACAGUACUGAUUUCUUCACACUUGUUUGUGCCUUGUCCCCCACCCCAUCUCUUUUUUGGCCACACAUAUGUUGUUACUGUCUUCCUCCUGAGUGCAAAAAUAGCAGUGCCACACUGGACUUGUCAGAAUUUCAUGCAAGAUCCCCAAGGUUCCAAAGAAACCAAAGGCUGUAUGUACCAGGAAGGCAUUUGGCAGCACACACAUCUGCCCAACUGAUCUUUGGCACGUGAAGGGUGCAUAAACCUCUCUCUUGUCUGGAUCCUCCUUACCUACUGCCCUGCUUACUCUAUACCUGGCCUUGACCUGAAGGGGUUGGUUUGACCUGCUGCCCAAGAACCUUCCGUGCUUAAAUUUCUAACACUGACCUAUUUUCAACCCUAAUGCUCUAAAAGCAUGACUUUUUUUCUCCCUCCUUGGUCUGAGCCCACACUACCUGUCCUAGGCUUGGUAAUCUGAGAGCCAGAUGUUGUGCCCUGCUGAGGAGAAGGGCUGAGCUCUUCCUUCCUGAAGACAGCCCUAAUUUUACUUCAGUGCUCUCUCUGUCCUUGUUCAGCUGGUUUCUGGAACAGCCUUCCUGCACUUGGGUGAAAAGGUGUAAAUUUUACCUGACAUUGGUGCUUGUCUGCUGCCUCCUGCUUUACUUGUGAAACUGCUGUGAUUGUGUCCUGAAAGAAACACGGAAGAUCUUUGCCCCUCAUAGCAGCUGAAGCUCCUUGUUGGCUUCCUCUGGUGAGCAAGGCUUACUCUCAGCAGGGAAGCUGCUGUGCCAUGUUUGGAGUAAGGGAAUUCAGCCAUGGAGUGACGAUUUGGUCAACUUCGAUCAAAUGCCAGAUGUAUUAGAGGGAAGGGCUUUUUUCCUGGAAAAUUUAGGAUGGGCCCUCUGUGACUCACUGCUGUCAGCCUGGAGCAGAGGGCAUUUUUCAACAGUGUGUUGAAAUGAGUUUGGGCUAAACAAACCAAACCUCCAGGUCAAAGGGGAGGAAUGGAGCCUGCACCCUGACCUGGGUCCCCUUGGUUGGUGUCCGCCUGUGUCACUCACCUACCUCACAAGGCUGUUGUGAGGCCUUUAACUGGCAAAAGCCCCAGGCUGGGCAGAAAGGCACCGGCAGCGUGUGUAGCAUUAACACUAUUAAAAGCAAGCAGUGUGAUUUGA